GGGCCCCCCCGGAGCCCCCCCGUGCCCGGCCGGUGACCGGUGACGCACGGCCCCGGUAAUCCGGGCCGGGCCGCCCGGCCCCGGCCAGGCCGGGACCAGGCCAUGUGGCUGUACGUGGCACUGGCGGCAGCAGCCUGGGCGCUGUGCUGGCUGCUGCGGGACCGGCGCACGCUGCCCACGGUGACGGACAAGCACGUCUUCAUCACGGGCUGCGACAGCGGCUUUGGCAACCUGCUGGCGCGGCGGCUGGCCCGGCGCGGCUACCGCGUGCUGGCCGCCUGCCUGACCCCGCAGGGCGCCGAGAGCCUGCGCGGGGACAGCGCCGGGGGACACCUCCGGACCACCCUGCUGGACGUGACCCGCUCCGACAGCAUCCGCAGGGCCGCAGAGUGGGUGCAGAAAGAGGUGGGGGACAAAGGGCUGUUUGGGCUGGUGAACAACGCGGGCGUGGCCAACCCCAUCGGCCCCACGGAGUGGAUGGACAUCGAGGAUUUCCGCCGGGUCAUGGCCGUCAACGCCUUCGGGGCCAUCGAGGUCACCCUGCAGCUGCUGCCGCUGCUGAAGCGCGCGCGGGGCCGCGUGGUCAACACGUCCAGCGUGCUGGGCCGCGUCUCGGCCAACGGCGGCGGCUACUGCAUGUCCAAGUUCUGCAUCGAGGCCUUCUCGGACAGUCUCAGGCGGGACAUGCGGCACUUUGGGGUCAAGGUGAGCAUCGUGGAGCCCGGCUUCUUCAAGACCAACGUGACGGACCUGGACUCGCUGGAGGCGUCGCUGCGGCAGCGCUGGGAGCGCCUGGAGCCCGCCACGCGCAGCAGCUACGGGGAGCACUUCUUCCCCCAGUACCUGAAGGUGCAGCGCCUGCUGCUGUCGCUGCUGUGUGACAAGGACCUGUCCAAGGUGACGCGCUGCAUCGAGCACGCGCUGCGGGCGCAGCACCCGCGCAGCCGCUACAGCGCCGGCUGGGACGCCAAGCUGCUGUGGCUGCCCGCCUCCUACCUGCUCGCCCUGGUGGACCUGGGCCUGGCCCUCAUCCUGCCCAAGCCGGCUCAGAGCGUCCCCUGAGCGCCCCCAGACCCA